GCAAAAGCGAGUUCCCCGAGGAGCGGUUUUGCGUUUGUAUGCAUGGGGAUUGGCAACACAACGGGGCUUAUUUACAUUAAAUACGCCACAAGGUUACAGUGCAGAUAGAUGAGCGUCAUUUUUAUCACUCAUUACUUCUCUUAAGCGGUGACUGACGCUCAGGACGCACGGGAGGCAACACUCAUUUAUCCUGGAGUUCUUUUUAAGGCGAGCAGAAGAGGGGAAAAGACUCGAAACAGUUCACUUUAAAAAGGCUCUUGUCGUCCCACCUUCUGCGGAGCUGUCGGCGCUCUUCCUGCCAUCCGGCGUUCGUUGGAGCGGCGGCAGUCACGCAGGGCUCCCUGAUCAGUGGCGACCAGAAGCGGAGCCGGAGCUGAGGCUGGCUUAACGGGGCUGAGCACGCUGUCCCGCUGUCCAAGGAACUACCCCCCCCGCAACCACCGUCUGAGGUGGCCAUUCCAGUAAGCAGUAGUCAAUCAGGGGUGACAGUGAGAGGCCACUUGAUCCAAACAGACAGGUUGCACUCCAGUAUGCAGUUGGUGUGUUAAGGAUGGAGGACUCUAGUUUGUGUCUUGGUGUGUCGUCGGCGGUGCCUGACGCUGAUGCCCAUCUGAACAGUGCAGUGUUAAAUGGCCGCUACCCCAUCAGUCAAAAGCUUCAUCAGCUUACUGCCCAGCUAGGACACGCCUUUCCUGACCUACACCGCCCACAACAGAUCCCUGAAGAAAAAGCAGCCACGCCUUUGGACGAGAAAACCCACCACGCCGCGCUGGCCAGUCAGCCUAUCAGCAGUCAGAUGGCCCUGCUAGCCAAUCAGCUGAACCGAGACAUUGACGCAGGGGCACUAAGUGGGUUGAACGGGCGUGUUGACCUGCAACAGUUUCUCAACGGCCAGAACUUGGGCAUCAUGUCCCAGAUGAACGAUAUUGAAGAUGACGCCCGCAAGAAUAGGAAGUAUCCCUGUCCAUUGUGUGGCAAGCGCUUCCGUUUUAACAGCAUCCUGUCCCUGCACAUGCGCACACACACAGGAGAGAAGCCCUUCAAGUGCCCCUACUGUGACCACCGGGCGGCUCAAAAGGGCAACUUGAAGAUCCACCUCCGCACCCACAAGCUGGGGAAUCUUGGUAAAGGCCGUGGCCGUGUCAGAGAGGAGAACAGGCUUCUGCAUGAGCUGGAGGAGCGGGCCAUCUUGAGGGAUAAGCAGAUGAGAGGGAGUGGCAGUCUCCUUCAGACAGUUCCAACACCCCAUCUGGGCCUCAAUAGCAGCUCUAACACCCAUCAGCAGCAACUAGGCUCAGCCUGUGGCCUCCUUCCCCCCUCUGGCCUAGCAACGCCAGAAACAAUUUCCCAACCUUCUUCUUCACCCAAGCCAGCCGGCACCCAAGAUGACCAGUCCUCCAAUCCAACUUCAGGCUUCCGCUGUACCUUCUGUAAAGGGAAGUUUAAGAAACGUGAGGAGCUGGACCGUCACAUCCGCAUACUCCACAAGCCCUACAAAUGUACUCUGUGUGAGUUUGCUGCUUCCCAUGAAGAGGAUCUGAUAAGUCACGUAGAGAAGGCCCACAUCACAGCAGAGAACACACAGGGCCAGGGUGCUGGUGGUGCCGGUGGAACACAGGUGGCCACUGAAUUCCGCUGUGACGUGUGUGGCCAGGUGUUCAGCCAAGCUUGGUUCCUAAAGGGCCACAUGCGCAAGCACAAGGACUCUUUUGAACACUGCUGCCAAAUCUGUGGCCGUCGCUUCAAGGAACCCUGGUUCCUCAAGAACCAUAUGAAGGUGCAUCUCAACAAGCUGGCCAUCAAGACCAAGCCGCCCCAGCCCAGUGAGCAGGACAUGGCUGUCGUCAAUAGCAUGAGCAAUCUGGCUCAGGAGGCUCAUGCCAAUCUUUAUUCCCGCUACAUCUCAUGUCUACAGGGAGGCUUUCUUUCACCAGACAAACAGGGCCUGAGUGAGCAACAUCAAAUGCUGGCUAAAGCAGGGAUAGCCAUGAAGGAAAAGGAGAUGCUAGGGAAGCUGCUCGGUCCAAUGUCAGGAGGUAUGGGCCAUGGACUGGGUGAAAAUGAAAAGCGCUCACUCCUGGGUUGUCUCAACCUUGUGCCACCACUCAAGUCGAGCUGCAUGGAGCGCCUCCAAGCAGCAGCAAAAGUGGCAGAGAUGGACUCCCUCAAUAGCUACCAAGCCUGGCAGAUAAUGGCGCGGGGCAUGGCUAUGGACAGGGCUUUCAUGCCGAAGGAGCAGCACCAGCACCAUAUACCACCAGGGCAGGAAGAUGAGAUAGGUGGGGCUGGAGCCUUGGCUUCCUUCUCGAAGGAUAAACAAGAAUACUCCUUGAUUGCAUCCAAUGACAGCUCCAAGCAGAAGCAGCUCUCGGAGGCCUUGCAGGGAUCCAAGGCCGCAAGCGGAGCCAUGAUGUCCAUGAAGGAGGAUGGAAGAGGCUUUGACAGUCACCGUGACUUAAUGUCUGUCCACGGUAGUGCUGAGACUCCUGGAGCCCUGGCUGGCUUGGGAAGCCCAAACAUUGACUUCAGCCUUUCCGGCUUGAAGGAAAAGCCUUCAGAAUGCCCUGAUUGUGGCCGGGUCUUCCGAACCUACCAUCAAAUGGUUGUCCACUCCCGCAUUCACGGCAAAGACAGACGAGGCAUUGAGGAAGCAAUCCAGCAACAUGGCCUGGACGAACGGCGUGGAUCAGCCAGUGAUCCUGAGUCCCAGUCCAUCAGCCGCUCCACCACUCCUGGUUCAUCCAAUGUGACAGAAGAGAGCGGAGCUGGAGGAGGACACUCCCAGACAGGAAGCGUCCAGGAUGACAGCCCACAUCCUUCAUCACCAUCUUCAGAUGUUGGGGAGGACUUGGGGAAGGCAGCAGGGAGCAUCCAGCCGUCUCUGUCCCAGCAUCGGGAGCGCAGUGUGGGCUCGUCCUCCAAGGAUUGUCCCUACUGUGGCAAGACCUUCCGCACCUCCCAUCAUCUCAAAGUCCAUCUGCGGAUACACACAGGAGAGAAACCCUACCGGUGCCCUCAUUGUGACUAUGCCGGCACCCAGUCUGCCAGUCUGAAGUACCACCUGGAGCGCCACCACCGUGAGCGUCAAAACGGCUCCACCACCUCAGGCCCAUCCUCUUGCCACACCCCUUCUUCUGACCACAAAGAGGAUCAUGGGAAGGCAACCGGUGGCGGCAUCUUUGCCCGACCAGACGUCCUCCGUAAUGUUUUCAAGAGCAUGCCUCCCAACCUAGACUUCAGGGGGGGUCCAUUGCUGCCACAUCAGUGGGCAACGGCCGGCAUGAUGUCUUCGCAUGACCGAGAUCGUGAGCGUGGAGACCGGCGCUUUGACUCCGCCUCUUCAGCGGAGAACAUGAAGACUGCUGACGGCCCGUCCGCCCUGAUCUCAACAGCGACAGAUAGCUUCUCUGACCUGAGCAGGGCUUACCAAAGCAUGAUGGGAAACGGAGUCCACUUUCAAGGUUCUCUCCAAGCCUUCAUGGACAGCUUUGUCCUCAGCUCCAUGAAGAAAGAUGCAAAGGACAACCAGAGUCCAGUCCAGCUCCAGGCCCAGUGCUACCACGACAAUGGCGAGCCCAAAGCCAAGCGGGCCGUCUCGGCUGACCAGGAAAGAGAAGAUAAGGCUGAAGCCAAAAAGAACUCUGAGCCAGGCAAACCCGGGUCCCAGUAUGAACCUCUUGAUCUGUCUGUGUCAGUCCGGCCAGAGUCUGCAUCUGGAUCCCUCCCUGGCUCUUCAGUCACCAUCCAUGAUAACGUGGCAUGGCACGGCUGCCUCUUCUGCUCCUUCUCCACCUCCUCAUUGGAGCUCAUGGCUCUGCACCUCCAGGCCAACCACCUGGGUAAGGCCCAACAGCAGCGGUCUGAUACAGGAAAGGAGCUUUACGGAGAGACCACCUCCACUAAUCACUCCUCCAACACUAAGACGUCGGGUAUGGCCCCUGACAAAGAUGGAGACAGAGAUGGAGAUAAAAGCCAGGGAGGCUGGAACAAUCACAUGGACCAGCCCUACAACCCCUUCCAGAGUGACUUCUACAGGCGCUUUGGUGGGUUGUAUGAUGGAUCCCCGAGGGCCAACCAGGGUCUUCAAGCGUAUUUAGCCCCAGCAGAGCAGGGUCUGGACCUACCAACCCAGGCCUUUGGAGGAGCACCUUUAGCUGGGGAUGACCACAUCGAUGAGAAGGGCUCCCGUGGAGACAUUGAAGAGGACCAGGUUGGAUCGGAUACAGAGGUUGCAAAGGCUGAGGGGCGCAGUGCCAGUGGGACCCCCUCAACCACCCCCAAGAGACAGCAGCAACAUAAUCACUCUGAAGAAGAGGAUGAGGAGGGAGGAGUGGGUGAAGAAGAGGAAGAAAGAGAUGAGUAUGGGCAAAUGGACGUGGAGCGAGACAGAGAAGGAAGUCCAGCUUCGGACCACCUCCAGAACCAUUCCAAACAUCUCCAAGACAAUUCUCUGCCACCAAGGGGUGGGGGUGGUUUGGCAGCAUCUUCCUCUGCCAUGACACAACUUUCUCUGGUUCCCAAAGCCAAGAACCAAGCUUUGCCACUGGAGAAGCAGUGGCAGCAGGGCCUGGCCCUCCUGUCUCCCGGAGGCCCCCAAGGACUCUUGAAGGCUGAGCAGCAGAGUCACCUAGAGCAGCAGAUGAACAUGCUAUCUGUCCUCCGAGCCUACAGCAACGACAACCUCCCUGCAUUCAACGGCCUGGGCGGCGGAGCAUCUACAGGGGGCAUGAAGAGGCCAGAUGCACCUGUGCAUCUCUGGGUAGGAGAGGAGGACCAGCCAAUGACCCAUGACCCCGCGCUGACCCACGACCCCAACCAUCUUAACAACGAGCUUAACCACCCUAACAACUAUAACCUAGGUGACCCAGAGGGGCUGGACGCCCACGCUGUAAACAAAGACUAACCGCCCACACCGGAGCAAGGCAGGAUGAUGAUGAAGGCGGUGAUGAUGAGGAGGAUGAUGAAGGAUAAAUGAAGGAGUACACUAUAACAAAGACUUUAUUUAAGAUGAAAAAAAAAAAACACAUACUACCGUCAGAAUCAAGAGAAGGCAUGAACUUUAUGAAGGAAAGUUUGGGACAGUUUCCUUUGGAGACGGAUUUGCGAGAUGCUCGGACACUAAACAAAGUGACGGCAACUUUCCUGUUUUGUCUCCUGUGGUCCUGAGUUCCCCUUUGUCUUUGUUGUCUUUUCUCUUAUACAAUGUGUUUUGUUUUUCUUUUGAUGAAACUACCUGUCUGAUUAGCACUUCCUGUAACUGGCACCGCAAUCUCUGAUACAUUCCUUGAGCUAGAAAGGUGUGUCUUUUUUUAAAAAUUAGGACUGAAGUGUAGUGCUUAAUCCGAACGCUUUCAAAGACUUUUUCCUCUCCUGUUAAAUGAAGACGACAGUUAUUUCACGAGUCCACGGACCACCAUUAUAUUGUACCUGGAAUGUAUUCUACUGUAGAAUAGAAACUCUACUUUACCGGGCUGUUGACAGAGACCAAGCACAUUUCCUGUCAGACCAGCCACCUCUUCAUAGAGUCACUAUUUAUGUCCCGUGACCAUGCAUCACACCGAUUGUGGUCAACAAAGGACAGGGCACCCUACGACAAUCUACAAUGCAAGUUAGUUUCCAGAAAUAAUACGGUAUUGCUGGUUAAAAAUCAUACCCACAGUUGACUUUUGAUGAGAGUGGUGCUAAUGAUGAUUGUGAAGAAGAAUAUCCAACUGCCCUAAAUGUACUUAUUAUACUAUAUCACCCCCCCCGCCUCCAUAACCAGGCCAGUACAGGCCUUCAACCCGCUCUAUGGCUCCCUUUUUGUCUUUUUUUUCAUGUUCUUUAUCAUUCAACACAGCGCCCACAGACGCUUAAUGUACAUAGAGAGAUAUACUGUAGUUAAAAAAAAAAAGUGAAAACUAAAGUUUCAAAGCAUUUGUGACGAGGAUAAGCAAAGAAGUAACAGUAGUUUACACGGCCACAAUCUCAAAAGGUAGGCAUUCUUCUGGAGUUUGACUGAGAAUAAUACAAAAAAAAAGAAUAAGGAUCUCAAAAAAAGGGGGAACAGUUUCUUUCUUUAUCGCCCUCCAGCCCUUUCUCUUCAUCUCUCAUGUCAACCUCAAGGACUUUAGUGUUGCAGAUGUUUCUAAAAUACUGCCACCGAUCAUUGUUGCACAGUGUUACUGACUACUGAAAAAUGGUUUGAUGUAUUUACUUUAAGAAGAGAAAAAAAAAAAGAACAAAAAAAUGGGAAAAAAAGACAUAUUGUGUAUACCCUUAGAUACAAGUCAUCUGUUAUUGCUUCUACAAAGCUAUGUAGCUGUGCUAGACUGUAGGACGUAGGGUUGAUUUGAUUUUGAUUUUUUAUAUGUACUGUACAUUGAUGCCUUCUCCAUUUACUGAUCAAAAAAAAAAAAAAAGAGGAAAAAGAUGACAAUCGUCUCCUGUGCUGCGAACAUAUUUGCCCCCAUAUAUACAGAAUCCAUUAUGCAUAGUGGGACUUAAUCCUUUCUUAUUUCUUUCAUUUGUUUUUGGUUCUCAGAAGUAUUUUGCACUGUGAUAGUAUUAUGAAUCCAACCUAUACAGUACAAAACUAGCUAACUAACUAAACUGAAGGUGUGUGUUUGUGUCCCUUGGCAUUGUGAAAUGUUUCUACGUCAUUUUUUGUGAACCCAGAGAAAAAUUCUAAUGCGGUAUGUACAGUCCAAAUAUGAUACUUCUUUUAGUUUGCGCAACCUCUAUACUGUAUGUGGCUUUGACAAAUGUUUACCCCGAUUUCUUUUGUAUGCAAAUCCCCUUCUGCGCUGCAGCGUAGGCCUGUUACCGCUUUAGCCUGCGUGAUUUCAUGUGCUCAAAUUCCAACUUGAGGUGAUUUUGCAGCACAGCCUCGCAUUUUUUUCUUUCCAUUUUAAUUUGAUUUACAUAGACUGCAAUUAACCAUCCUUUCAAUUCCAAUAUGCCAGGAUGAAGAGGGGAUU